AUGCGCGUGCCCCUGUUUGCCAAUUAUGGCGUCUUCCGCCCAACCCUCGCUCGUCCACCAUCGCGCGCACGACGUUUCGUGACUCUAGCUAUCGAGACGUCUUGCGACGACACCUCUGUAGCGGUCCUCGAAACAAAGACGUUGGAAGAUCCUGCCACGACCCUAGCUCAGCUGCACUUCCACGAGAAGGUCACUUCCAACAAUGCAGCCUUUAACGGCGUCCAUCCGCUCGCCGCACUCGAGUCACAUCAGGAGAAUCUCGCCAACCUAGUGACCGAAGCAAUCAAGAGGCUUCCCGGAAAGAAGAGGAAACCGGACUUUGUGUCAGUCACUCGGGGACCUGGCAUGCGCUCAAACUUGUUCACUGGACUCGACACAGCAAAGGGCCUCGCUGCAGCUUGGAAGGCGAGUAGAAUACCGCUUGUCGGCGUUCAUCACAUGCAAGCUCAUGCAUUGACACCGCGCUUGGUGGCGGCCCUCGAUGCAGCAGAAAACCUCUCGUCCGCAUGGGAAGUUACACCCCACAGAACCGAAGAAGAAAUUGCUGCCACGCCGAACUUUCCAUUCCUAUCCAUUCUCGCCUCGGGCGGCCAUACACUCCUCAUACAUUCGGCUACGCUUAUUAAGCACGACAUAUUGGCAAGCACGAGUGACGUUGCGGUUGGGGAGUGUUUGGACAAGAUAGCACGCAUCGUGCUUCCGCGUGAGAUAUUGCAAAAAGCCGGCGGUACCAUGUACGGUGCGCUUCUGGAGCAAUUUGCUUUCCCGCAAGACUGUGUUGCUCAUCGCCAUGAAUCAUCGUUCACCGCCAGUGAAUUCUGUCGGCGGUUCGAGUCGCAAUAUGAGUAUCGGGUUCCGAAAAAUCACGAGGAAGAAAUGCAGCGGAACGUGACUAAGUGGGGAUGGGCCUUCAACCAACCACUUGCCAGAGCAGGAGGCGGGUCGAAGAACAAAAACUUGGAAAUGAGCUUUUCGGGCCUGAUGACCGCUGUGGAACGCGCUGUGCGUUAUCAACACGUUCAGUCGACCGGCAAACUCACCAAUAUAGAACGUUCAGCUGACGACAUUAGCCUGGAGGAACGACGAGACAUGGCCGAAUUCUCCAUGCGCGCAGCAUUCGAACACAUUGCUGCACGCUUGGUACUUGCGCUACAGUCCACUCCCGCGACAACCGUUGUUGUGGCUGGUGGCGUGGGCGCCAAUUACUACCUUCGCUAUGUGCUCGCCAGUAAACUCACUGCCCACGGGUAUGGCGACGUAAUAGUUGUCUUUCCUCCGCCAAACCUCUGCUCGGACAACGCAGCGAUGAUCGCUUGGACUGGGACAGAGAUGUAUCGCGCUGGACAUCGGGAUAAGCUUAGCAUUCGCGCGAUACGCAGGUGGCCGCUCGAUAUGCUGCUCUCCCCACCUGUUGAAAAAACAACUUGA